AUUGCAUGGCUGACAGAUCCCCAAUCGAUGAUCAAGAACGAUUGAACAGCCAAACAUAACCAGGAUCACCAUGUCGGACGGAUUCACUUCGCGCAAGCUGGCUAUUCUUGUAGCGCUCAACUCUGACACGCCCGACAAAUCUCCCAAGGGAUAUGUGGACGAACCUCUCCUACCGCUCAUCGUACUGAUCAACAACCACAAGGACUAUGUCACCACCUCGUCUUGCUCUGGGCGCAUCUGCACCUAUCUCGAGGGCAUGAACGAAUUACAGUCGGAGGAGCUAUAUAUGCAGGAUAUGGAAGCAAUUGAAAGCAGAGUCGCGCAGGAUAACGGCGAUAAGGAUGGGGGAGAGGAUGCGCAAGUUGCCAAGGGAUACGAGGAGAACACUUCGCUGGCUGCGGUCGAGGCUGCAAAGAGAGCCAAGGGCGGACAAUGGCUCUACGUCAGCCAUGAUCCCGUCGUCUUCCCUUCAGAACAGGACACCGAAGACCAACAGUGGAUCAUCAACACCUUGUUUGGAUCCGAAGCCCAUAGGGUCGUCCCGAUGGAAGACAGCAGCGAAACCCGCACGCUUGACAUGGCCAGGUCGCAGUUGGUUUACUUCAAGUUUGAGCCAAUGAUCCUUCAUAUUGAGGCAUCAACUCCAGCAGCCGCAAAGACCUUCCUCAACCACUCACUCUUCUCUGGCUAUCGCAAUUCAGGGAUUUUACCUUCGGCUAAACGAACUAUGCUCGCCAUUCGUAGUACUCUCAAGCUGGACGCGCCAAUUGCCUAUAUACCCUCAACAUCAUCCACAAUGCCAUCUUCAAUACCGAAGAUCCAUCUCAUGGUCUCGGUGGCAUAUCUUCGCGUGUUGGUGGAACUGAGCAACGACAAGUUCCAAAUGAAUGUUGCACAGAUGAGCCGGUUCGAGAAGCGUCUGGCGGAGUAUUUGAAUAGUGAUGCCGAUUUGGCCUCAAAAAAGAUGGGAGAUCAAGGAGAGUGGGAGGAUAAAGAUGCAAGGCGUGAGCGCAAGCGCAAGGAGGGUCUGCUGAAGAAGCAGCAGGCUGCCAUGAGGAAGGCCGAAGCUGAGACCCGGGAUGCAAAAGUACAGGAACAUUCAAACGAAGACCCAAACACAGACGCGGGUUCGACUGCAGGAAUUGCGACCUCAGUACAAUAAACAGCCGAGUACUUUGAUAUUAGCCAUUGCGGAU